AUGACUGGUGGCGGGCGGGGACCUAACCUGCAUAGGAGGUUCGAGGAACAACCCGCCACCACCAACGGUCUCUACGGCUUCGAAGUGCUGAGCCAGAUGCGGAUGGCAAAAGCACAAGCUAUUGGUCGCGCUCUCGCUUGUUGUCUGCCUCCAGUAAUCCCCGUCAAAAGACCGCCCUGCCGUCGCCGGCCCUUGCUCACAGAUCUCGUGGCAGUCAACCCGCGCGUCGACUACUUCGUUGCGCCUCGUCUCUUUUCUUUCCGCGAACCACCCUAUACACCCAUAGCCAACAAGCGCUCUUCCAUUGUCGAUUGUCUUCUUCUUAGUGAUAUAUACUUGGGUGAUCGUUGCAGUGAGGUCAAGCCGCGUCUCGUGGAGUGCAGAAAACGCAACACCAGUGGCAUUUUAGUAGCGAAGAGCUCAAAAGUGGACUAUUUUGUUGCUCCACGUCUGAAGAGUAGUCGUGAGGUCCCAUGGAUUUGCAGCUGUAACUGUAGAUGA